GUGGCAGAGGAGGAGGGGUGUCGGAGGUGGUGGUGGUGGUGCGGUACAACAGCAUGAUUGUUCCCUUCUCCUUCAGCCUCUCCUUCAGCCGUGGAGUUGGGUUGAGAGCCAGCACUGUACACAUAUUUCGCAGUAGCAGAAUGGCUGCAGUCCGGUCAUAAGAAGGCGGACAGAGGAGGAGUUUGAACAGUAAACAUCUCUCGGCAGCUUACCUCAUGCUUACAAAGGCGUCUUUCUCCCAAUCAUUCUCCACCCUUGGGUGAAGACUGAAGUCGAGGUUUGGAUGCAGGUUGUGUGUUGGCUGCUGUGCCUUGGCACGGCGGGGGCACUAGCUGUUUUACACAGAAACCAGGUGGCCCAGCAAGCCAUCAAGCUUUAUCGAGGCAAAGGGGCCAUACAAGGUCACAGCUGGGUGGCAGGCAACUGCAAGCGUCUGGCGGGUCUUCUGCAUCAGAAAAAUGUGGUGGUCAAGAAGCUGGCGGCUGCUGCUGCUGCUGCUGGAAAAGACCAGACACUUUCAGAACCAGAGAGGCAUUUCCAGGUUCACACUCUGGAGGUUUUCCAGAAGGAGCUGAAUGAGAGCGAGCACCUGGUGUUUCAGGCAGUACAGGGCCUGCAGAGGGCGCUACAGGGGGACUACAGGGAUGUGGUCAACAUGAAGGAGAGCAGCAGGCAGAGGCUGGAGGCCCUCAGAGAGGCCGCCAUAAAGGAGGAACAGGAGUAUGUGGAGUUGGUGGCGGCUGAGAAACACCAGCAGGAAGCUUUGAAGAGUGCUCUAGCCCAGAAUAAGACUUUGUCUAUUCUUGAUGAGAUCCUGGAGGAUGUCAGAAAGGCUGCAGAUCGGUUAGAAGAGGAGAUAGAGGAGCACGCCUUUGACAACAACAAACAGAUGAGAGGUGUAAAUGUGGAGGCUGUGUUGAGAGUGGAAGAUGAGGAGAAGAGUGGAAAGAGGAAGAACAAGUCUCAGCUCAAGGAAGUGGAGGAUGACCUGGGACUGAGCAUGCUUAUUGACUCUCAGAACAACCAGUAUGUACUAACCAAACCACGAGACUCCACCAUGCCAAGAGCAGACCACCACUUCAUCAAGGAUUUGGUGUCAGUGGUGAUGUUGUCCCUACCCUGUGGUUGGAUUUGUACUCUGGUUGGUCUUCCUCCAAUGUUUGGAUACAUCAUCUGUGGGGUGCUGCUCGGUCCUUCAUGCCUCAACAGCAUCAAGUCAAUGGUCCAGGUGGAGACUCUUGGGGAAUUGGGAGUUUUCUUCACUCUUUUUGUGGUGGGAUUGGAGUUCUCACCAGAGCGUCUUAGAAAGGUUUGGAAGACCUCAGUUCAGGGGUCAUGUUACCUCAGUCUGCUGAUGGUUGGAGCCGGUUUGUUAUGGGGACAAGUCCUACAUAUUCGACCCGCCCAGACAGUCUUCAUUUCCACAUGUCUCUCUCUGUCCAGCACACCGCUGGUGUCCCGCUUUCUGGCGGGGGGGAGCCGAGGCGACAAAGAAGGGGAUCUGGACUACAGCAGUGUUCUUCUUGGGAUGUUGGUAAUGCAAGACGUCCAGCUCGGUCUCUUCAUUGCCGUCAUGCCAACUUUGAUCCAGGCUCAGAGUGGAGAUUUGGACAGCUUCCUUUUUGGCAGUCUCCGCGUGUUGUUCCUGCUGGCUCAGGUUUUAGGCUCUCUGGCUGCUGUGCUGCUGCUCUGUCUGUUAUUUAAAUCCUACCUGAUUGCCCCAUACUACAAGAAGCUGCACGCUGAGAGCAAAGGCAACAAAGAGAUCCUGGUGCUGGGCAUGGCAGCGUUUGUCUUUUUCAUGCUGACAGUAACAGAUUUUUUGGAUGUGUCGAUGGAGCUUGGCUGUUUUCUGGCUGGAGCUUUGCUGUCCACGCAGGGUCACAUGGUCACCGCUGAGGUCAUGGGGUGCAUCGAGCCAAUCAGAGAUUUCCUCACCAUCAUCUUCUUUGCCUCUAUCGGUCUUCACGUUUUCCCCACAUUCGUGCUGUAUGAGCUCACCAUCCUGCUGGUUCUGACACUCACGCUCGUCAUUAUGAAGGCACUGCACUUCUCUCAUUUGAAUUCUUUUUCUCCUCUCCAGCUCUCCUUUAAUUGCCACAAACUCAGUACCUUGCUCUGUCUCCCUCUUCCCUCUCAGUUUGUGAUGGCAGUAGUGGUGCUGUCGCUUCUUUUGCCUCCAGGGUCUCAACACAUACGUUGGGUGGUCUCGGCAGGUCUGGCUCAGGUCAGUGAGUUCUCCUUUGUGCUGGGCAGCCGAGCACGUCGGGCUGGCAUCAUCUCCAGAGAGGUAUACCUGUUGGUUCUCAGUGUCACCACACUCAGUUUGCUGCUGGCUCCAGUGCUGUGGAGGGUCACCACACACAGAUUGGUCCCCCGGGCUGAACGCAAAAUGGUCACAUGACAAGAACAGACUGGCUUUGGGGUAAACAUUUUCCAUGUUAACUCUUUUAACAAAGCCAGCAAAAGCUUCAAGAGAAGCAGAAGAGAUGUCCACAUAGAGUGGACUGAUACCUGAUACUGUUAAAGGUCUUAAACAGUGAAACACACUGAAGCCCCUCUUUCCUUUGGUAUCAAUCAAACCAAACCUCUUUGAGUCCUUGACAUAGAGCACACCCUUUUGAUUGUUAAGUUAAGCACAAGGACUCAGUAUCAUUCCAGUUUUGAUUCUUUAUAAGCACUUUUUCAUGCUCCAUAAGUCCUUAGUCUUUAGUCUAUAGUUUGCCUAACAAGUGUACCUGCACUGUCAGCCUUUUGAUCUUCUUCACUGUAAGACUUACAGAGACCAAAUCUGAAGGUUUAAUUUGAUGCUCCAUGUCUACGUUUCUGUUUGAGAAAAAUGUUUUCAUUGUCUUUGAAAGGGACAUUUUCCAUCAUUGGAUUGUCUUCAUUUCUCCUGUAUUUAAUCAUCCGACUUUUUUUUCCUCACUUCUUCCUUCAAAUGAAGGUUAGUGCAAAUGUCAGAUUUUUAUCCUUGGCGAAGUGAAAGCCUUCUGUUUGCAAAUCUAAAAGAUGGUACUUGAAGUUAAGUGUAACAAUAGUUGACUGUGAAUUUAGUUUACACUAAAUACUCCAGUAGUUUGUCUUAUAGAGACGAUAGAUGAGUUGCUAUACCUACUCAUCAGAUUAUCAUUGAAUCUCUAUUGUUAUAAUGAAGUAGGAAAAAGAGAUUAUAACACAUUAGACUACAUAACUUUUACUGAAAUGUGUGCACUAGUUACCAAUGAAUGUUAAACUGAUGUGCCUGCUCUGCACUAAAACAGAACUAAGGAGUUUGAUCUCACUGUGAGAGCUCCUCGUACUCUAAACAUCUUUGUCUUAUCUUUUAUAAUGUGCAAUGUAAAUUUAUGUAUGUAGCUACCAGUACAUACAUGUUAUAUUUGUGUUUGUUUUUAUAUUAUUUGCAGAAGUAUGUUUACACUGAGGGAUGUUUUUAUUUACUUUCUGUAGUGGAUGAGUUUACAUAUGUACUUUGUGCUGGUGGCCAUGACUGUAGCUUCCAGGCACAAAGAGACGCUAUUUCCAUCAAAUUGUUAAUUUUUUAAGUUUAUUUAUUAAAA